AUGCGGAAGGCCAACGCAGAACGCAAGACACCUAAAAAAGGAGAUACAGCAAAAAAAGCCCCACCCUCCUCUGGCAAACAGCAGCGUACCCUGUUAUCAUUUUUUACUCCAAAAGCAGACUCGUCCAGCCCGAAAAAAGAAGCUCAAUCAUCAAUUGGAAAUGAUGUUGAAAUGACUAUAGAGGAAGAUGUUACUCCAAAGGCAAUUUCUCCUACGAAGGGCCCUUCGCCCAGUGGCGAAGAGACUACUACUAGGAAGCGAAAAGUUGCUUUUAACUACCAACCCUCAAGCCCAACUGCAAAAGCAGCUUGGAAACUCGAUAGCGAUAAAGAAUUGAGUGAUCAAGAGGAGGAGGAAGAGCUUCCAGUCAGAAGUACCAAACGAGCUCGACGAGCUAUUAAGGAUGAUUAUGAGGAGGACGAUUUUGUGGUCGAUGAUGACGAAAGUGAUUUAGAUUUACCUCAACCCCAGGGUCUAAUGAAGAAGCAGCAGCCAUCAGCAGAGCCAACUCCCAAGAAACUUGCAAGCACGUCAAAGUUUGCAUUCCGGCCAACGAACGGCAAUUAUACCCCCGUUAAGUCGUUCCCUCAACCGAACACUCCAAGGAAUUCAAAUAAUCCAGCAGCAUCAAAGAAGGAAGGGAAAGAAGUGCGUUACGAAUGGUUGGUUGAUGUAAGAGAUGCCGAUAGGAAUAAACCUGGUGACCCGGAAUACGACCCCAGAACUCUUUUCAUACCGGAUUAUGCGUGGGCUAAGUUUUCCCCAUUCGAGAAGCAGUAUUGGGAGAUAAAGCGCAAUCUUUAUGACACAGUUGUGUUUUUCAAGAAGGGGAAGUUUUUUGAAUUGUUUGAGGACGAUGCUACCAUCGGGAAUCAGGAGUUUGAUUUGAAGAUGACUGAACGCGUCAAUAUGACAAUGGUUGGAGUUCCAGUAACCUCAUUUGAUAUGUGGGCUUCACAAUUCAUCGCGAAGGGCUACAAAGUUGCACGCGUUGACCAGAAAGAGACUGCCUUGGGUAAAGAGAUGCGCGAGAAAGGAUCUAAACCUGGAAAAGAAGAAAAAAUUAUCAAGCGCGAGUUAGGUUGCAUUUUGACUGGAGGAACUCUAGUGGAUGAAUCGAUGCUACAGGAUGAUAUGGCUACUUACUGUGCCGCAAUAAAGGAAUCCGUUGAAGAUGGAAAACCCUGCUUCGGCAUUUGCUUCGUUGAUACUUCAACUGGUGAAUUCUCGAUGUCAGAAUUUUCGGAUGAUCUAGAACUUACCAAGUUUGAAACAUUGAUCGCACAAAUUCGGCCAAGAGAGUUGAUCCUUGAAAAGGGUCUUAUCUCUACUCCGGCUCUUAGAAUUCUGAAGAGCAACACCCCUUUGACAACCAUUUGGAAUAAACUCAAACCAAACCAGGAAUUCUUAGAGGCAGAAGCAGCGAUCCGUGAAGUUAUGAGUAAGAAUUACUUCCCCAGCGAAUCAGACGAUGAGAUGGACAAAUGGCCCGAGGCACUUCGUGAUUCCAAAGACAAGGAGCUUGUGAUGUCUGCAUUUGGUGCUCUUUUGUGCUAUCUACAAAAGCUUCAAAUUGACCAAGAACUUAUCAGCAUUGGUAACUUCCGGUGGUACGAUCCCAUUAGAAAGGCAACAUCAUUAGUCUUAGAUGGACAAACGCUGUUGAAUCUUGAAAUUUUUGCGAAUUCAUAUGACGGAGGUUCUCAAGGGACCCUGUUUUCCUUGUUGAAUAGAUGUAUAACGCCGUUUGGGAAACGGAUGUUUAAACAGUGGCUUUGCCAUCCGCUUGCUGAUGCCAUUAAGAUUAAUGCAAGACUUGAUGCCGUUGAUGCCCUGAAUGCGGACACUGGGUUUCGGGAUGCCUUUGUCUCACGAUUAAGCAAGAUCAAUGAUCUUGAGCGCCUGAUAUCUAGGAUUCAUGCUGGAACCUGCAAAGCUAUUGACUUCCUUCGUGUUCUUGAAGGGUUUGAACAAAUCCGUGACGCCAUGGAAGACAUUCAGGCACACGGUGAAGGGGAAGGAUUGAUUGGAAUGUUGAUUUCUAGCAUGCCUGAUCUGAAGCAAUGUCUGCAGCCUUGGGAAGCUGCCUUUGACCGCGAGAAAGUUAGGACUGGCACUGUUGAGGGUAUCAUUAGCGAGCUUCAUGCGGUAUUGAAAGAGUACAGUGUUAAACUGAAGUGCAAGGAACUCAAAUUUGCGGAUAUUGGUAAAGAAAUCUACCUCGUCGAAGUACCCUCAAAAUAUUGGAAAAGUGUUCCGAAGAAUUGGGACCAAAUGUCUGCAACUCAAAAAAUCAAGCGCUUCUAUUUCCCCGAAACUAGAAAGCUUGUGAGAUCUCUCCGAGAGGCGCAGGAAAUCCAUGCACAAAUCGUCGAAGGUGUUGCAGCCCGCUUCUUUGCAAGAUUCGACGUAGAUUAUUCGAAAUGGCUCAGUGCUGUGAAGAUUAUUGCCUACUUGGAUUGUCUGAUCAGCCUCGCCAGGUCGUCUGCCGAUCUUGGCGACUUAAGCUGCAGGCCUAUUUUUGUUGAUACAAAGCGAAGUGUUCUGGACUUUGAAGAACUUCGUCAUCCUACUAUGAUUUCUAGUGUCACGGAUUUCAUCCCCAACGAUAUACAAUUAGGAGGAGAAAAUCCUAAUAUAACCCUCCUGACCGGAGCAAACGCAGCUGGAAAAUCUACAGUCCUCAGAAUGACGUGUGUCGGUGUGAUAAUGGCCCAAAUUGGAUGUUAUGUUCCUUGUAAAUCCGCAAGGCUCACACCUGUGGAUCGUAUCAUGAGUCGCCUAGGGGCAAAUGACAAUAUUUUUGCAGCUCAAAGUACGUUCUUCGUUGAACUAGCAGAGACGAAGAAAAUACUUUCGGAAGCUACACCACGUUCCCUAGUCAUUCUUGAUGAACUCGGACGUGGUACGUCCUCAUAUGAUGGUGUUGCUGUCGCACAGGCUGUACUUCAUCACGUCGCAACUCAUAUGGGCUGCAUUGGGUACUUUGCAACUCAUUAUCAUUCACUGGCAUCCGAGUUUUCCCAUCAUCCUGAGAUCGAGGCCAGGCGUAUGCAAAUCCACGUGGAUGAAGAAAAUAGAAAUAUUACUUUUUUAUAUAAAUUGGAGAAGGGUGUUGCUGAAGGUUCUUUUGGAAUGCAUUGCGCAGCCAUGUGUGGUAUCAAUAAGCGCAUCGUUGACAGAGCAGAAGAGGCUGCGAAGACCUUUGAACACACUUCGCGUUUGAAGGAUAGUUUGGAUUCAGCCCGUGCUGGUACUUACAUUCCUUUAGGUUUGCAAAGUGAUUUAGCUUGGAUUCUGAGGGGGAAUGGUGUUGGUGACGAUGCUAUGAAGUCAAUCGUUCAAGCGAUAAAAUGUUUAUGA